AUGGACCACGACAUGGAUAUGGCCCUUCACGCCGGCCUCCAAGCCGACAUACAGGACGUAGACUCCAACUUUCGAACCCCCAAUCUCGAGCCUCACCACAGGCACCAACAUUCUCACGAUCACGACUACGACCGCCGCAUCGACCGCGAUACCGAUUCUAUACCCCAAGCCUACCUUUACGAUCAGGUGCCGAACAGCCACCGUCAUCACCUCCAAGGCUCUUCUCAUUCCGCUGGUGCUGCCGCUGCUUCCAAUCUCGACCACAACAGUAUCUACUCUCACGCUCCUGUGCCUCACGCCGACGAUCACAACUCCCUUCCCGCGGGUGCCCAUCAUGCUUUCGACCCCGUAAAUCCCGACGAUUUCUACAAAAGCUAUCGGGAAACGGAUCAAAACAAUACAGAGUCCACUUCCGUGGAUGCUACGGCCCCGCGUCCGUCGUUGCGCUCCAACGGUAAUGGCUCUACGCCAAAACACCCUGUCAUUUCUAAAACACAUGAAAACAUGCGUUCGGCGUCAAAUCCUGUCGACAACAGACCUGCCCUCCCGGGGUAUAAACCUACAGCAACUCACCCCAGCGUGAGAGAUUUGAAGAAGCGAUUCGACCAAAACGGUACUACACCAUCCUCGAUCCCCCGUGCUCCAGCGCAUAUGGGAGCUACAGCUAAGACUAGGCAUGACGGUGGUGCCAGUCUACAACCACGAAAUGGUGGAUCGGGCUACUCCGCGUUACGUGAUGGCAGCAGCAAUUUCAGCAAGCAGACGACGUCCUCUUCAGCCCGUUCUCAGAGAUCAAGAUAUGUUGCCGAGGACCAGGUGUCAAGUAAUUCUCAAUCUUUCGCAAGUCGUAUAGGGAAACCGCGCAAUGCGGUUAGCGGGAACUCAAAUGCCUCCAAGUCUUCUUCUAACUUGGCACCCGAGUCUCCACCACAACAACCGACUUCGUCUUCCAACGCUCCUACACCUUUGCGUUCGCAAGGCCUAUUAUUCGGCGAGAUUCUUCCUGAGCAGCACAGCAUUUCAGCCCUUGGUUAUGGCAUUGAGGGCGUCCGCCCUAGGAGGACGUCUGAAUCGAGCUUGUACAAUCCGUUCAGCCAUCAAAGAAGCUUAUCUGACCCACCAGAUGGCGCCGACCUUGUGUCUCCGGAUAUCUGGUACCGCAGCCUCAACGGCGAUGACAGCAACGGUGAGCCGGCUCAAGCUCAACCUCAACGCCAAAAAGGCCACGCGCGGUCACAAAGCGACAUACCCAAGUCGCCUUCGAUGCCUCCAACUUCCCGCAAAACGCCAUCUCGAAAGCCAACCUCCAAUAAUACAGCCGGGGCUGGAGCUGGAUCUUCUUCAAAGCUUCCACGUUCUGUCAAGAAGCUGAAUAAUUCAAGCGAUUCGGCACCGUCGACCCGUUCAAAUUCUCCUAAUCUAAAAAGGCCACAGGUUAACGGCCGUACAUCGAGGGCAGAGACCCCUACGACAAGGGCGAAGACUCCGACUACAUCAAGGGCGAAAACUCCAACGAGAGCUAAGACACCCACCCAGAGCGGUGCCACUCGAAAAGCCGCACCUCGAAACCUCGUCACACCAACAAACAAUAACCGUCUUCAAGCGAAUAUCAUCGCGCCUCCUCCAAAGCUCUCCCCUCCGCUUAGGAGUUCUCGGCCCCGUCAACCUGUCUCUGUGGCCACGACAGCAAGCUCUCGAAUGAGGGCAAUAGAAAGGGCCAGGUCACCAAAUCCAGGCUCUAAUCCACCAUCUAGAAUUGCCGAGCCAUCAUCACGACGUGGAAAGAUAGCCAUAGGGCCAAUCGACUUCGAACAACGACGAGAGCAUAUCCGACUGGCAUAUACCAAGUCGAUACGCGAGAGUCAGGUGCUCGAAGCGAGGCAAAAGGCCGCAGAUCGAAAGCGGAGGGAAAUGGAAGCUGCCGCCGAGGCAAAGGCCGCUAACGCCGGCGCCGCUACUUCUUCUCUCGCGCAUUCGCCAUCCAUGACUUCAGAAUCAGGCGGUGCAGACUUGCAAGACACCUCUGAUAUUCCUCCAGUCCCACCCCUUCCAGAGAGCCGCCUGCCAGUGCCAGGAUCAACAAUUGUUCGAGAACCAAAUUUCGGUCCCGAGAUUUCUCAUGCUAUGCAAGUUCAAAAUGCGUUGGAUGCGAUUGACCACCAGGAUGGUCCAGUUUUCUCAGAUGGAUAUGAUGCAUCUUACGGCCAGACUCCUGUAGAUCCGCUCCGACUGCCUACGCCGUUUAUUGAUGAUCCAACGAUGAGUCCUGUGGACAUCGCAAUGUCGCUUCCCCCUGCUUCGCUGAUGCUAUCUACCAGCUCUCAGGCAACUCCUCUUGUUGAGCCAAUACUCAAAGCCUUUGAUUCCCCCACCCUAGGUGUUCCCGGCAGCUUUCCUGCGCUCAGCCCCCCUGUUGACGAUGUAUCAGAGCGGCCUAUGAGCGCAGUAUCUGCAACAUCAGAGACAACGGAGUUCGAUAAUGAGCCUCAGACGACUCCUCCAAGGUCUACGCAAACGCCACUUGAGGUUCCUAUCACAAUUGUAAAGCCACCUAGUCCACAGACUCAGAGGCCUGCGUCUCCUCCACGGGUAGAGUACCACUACCCGUUCGAGGAUGACCCUGAUUCACCGAUUCGGCCAAAAUCCACAUCGGUGACGCUUCACGCAAAUGAGGAUUCCUCAUCUAAGCACCAUAUUGCUGACAACUUUGCGAUUCCUGGUUCAUUCGGCACCAUCCUUGACGAAGAUGAUAACCGUCAAAAUACUGAAUCUCCAUGCGAAACCACAAUUACUGUUCUGCCGCCCAGUGAUGAUCCACAGCCAGUUGACGAGCCCCAGCAGACGAUUCCUUUUCCAAGAAUCGAGCCUGAUUGUGAAUCAGACUGCCAGUCAGAAUCAGAAUAUGGAGAACUCCAGCGACGAUACCGCCAAUCUCGUGAUGAUGAUGCUGUCACUGACUGUUGCACCGAAGAUAUGGAUGACGAGAGCAGAAAGGAAUGUAGGUCAGAGGCGCCAUCUGACGAUCGAGUGUCUUCACACCGGGCCUCUACCUGCGAAUCCAUCGACACUAACAAUGAACGUCAAUACAAUUUUGAUGAGCACCAGCGCCCCGACUCGACGACGAAUCUCAUGGUACCGACUUUAUCUGCGCCGAAUCGAACCAGCCAGCAGUCGACAUGGACAGAUUUUUCUGUCAACAGUGGAGAUGUGUCGCCUGUGGUGCGCUCAUCAGUAUUUACCGACAUCGAUGACGAAAACGACUCUGGGGAUCACGGUCAUGUCACGAUUUUCGAAACGACAUCCAUUCACAGAAACAGCCGUCCUAUCAAUCGACCUGUUGAGGUUCGCAGCAGUCAGCCAGAACCCCGCGCUUCUGUUGAUUCGAGUCGGUCGCCGUACCCGAGUCAUCAGCUCCCUGAAAUAGACACCGGAGACGGAUUUUCAAUUCCGUAUCUCUCCAACAGAGCCAGCAAGAGUUUCUCGUAUUUCCCAUCACCCAAUCACGAGCCUCCUCCCAUCCCAGCUUCAACAGCUGGCUCUACAUGUAACUCACAACGGGCAUCUGGUGUCUAUUACGAACAGUCGCAAAGUGGAAGCACAUUUGUCAGCUCAGAACGAGGAUCAGAGGAUUACAUUCCUAUGAUGACAACGCCUCAGUCGAUGGACAACACCUCCUUGUCAGCAAGCAACCAGUAUUUUGCCGACGCAGCCACUUUGAAUGGGGAUGCAGCCUCGGAGACGUAUGACAAACAGGGCCUGACAGAUCAAGAGAAGCAACGGCUUACACAGCGUCGCAACAUUUUGAAAGAGCUUGUCGACACAGAGGCAGUUUUCGUACGUGAUAUGAACAUUGUAGAAGAGAUCUACAAAGGAACGGCAGAAGCUUGCCCCAAACUCGAUGGCAACACUGUGAAGCUUAUCUUCCGAAAUACGGAUGAGAUCAUCGCGUUCCACACGGCCUUCUUUGCUCAGAUCAAGGAGGCAGUACUUGCAGUGUAUACCAUGCAGGGUCGGCGAUCAGCGCUUGCCAGGGAAGGCUCCGUGAUGACAGAGCCUUCGCAGUUCAAUCCUGCUGAGGUCGAUGAUUCCAAGGAUCGCUCUGUCCUAAUUGGUCCUGUUUUUAAAGUAAACAUGGAGAGUAUGAAACUGGCACAUGAAGGGUUCUUGAGGAACAGUGAUGGAGCAGCAAAGCGACUCAUCGACAUACAAAUGGAUCCCACAGUCAAGGUGUGGCUCAACGAAUGCAAUGAAGUUGCAAAGGACUUGACAGCUGCCUGGGAUCUAGACUCUCUCCUGAUCAAGCCGAUGCAGCGGAUUACUAAAUAUCCUAACCUCAUCGGAUCACUGUUGCAUCACACCCCUCCGGACCAUCCCGAUCAUCCAUAUCUUGUUGAGGCUAAAAACCUUAUCGAGGAAGCCAUUAUCGAAAUCAACAAGACGAAAAAGAAUUUUGAACUCGUGGGUCAGAUCGUAGGUAGGAAACGAAAAGAAUCCGAUGUCAAAGCAGGUUUCGCACGAGCCUUUGGUAAAAGAGUCGAUAAACUUCAAGCGUCAGGUGCUCGUCCGACUGAUGAUACUGAGUAUCAAAAGCUUAACGAGCGGUUCAGUGAUGAUUACCUACGCCUACAGGUUGUUCUUAGGGAUGUCGAGUUCUAUACCAGGCAAGUGUCGGAGUAUGUGCAUGAAUUCUUGCAAUACCUCUCCUCCAUCGAGUUGGUCAUGCGGCUUCAGCCGGGAAACUAUCCUGAGCUCGAAAGCAAGUGGGUUCAGUUCAAUAUCUCUAUACGAGAUCUCGAAAAGGUUGCACUUGAGGAUCAUUUGGCUCAAGUUAGGAAAAGUGUCAUUGAGCCCUUUGAGCAUGUCAUCAAGGCUUACGGCAACCCAUCACUGGCAAUGAAGAAGCGCCAGAAACGCCGUGUCGACUUUGAGCGGUAUGAGCAAUUAAAGCGCGCAGGCAAGAGUAUCGAUGCGAAACUCAAUGAACAGGUCGAGCAGUACGAGGCUUUGAAUGACACCCUUAAGAAAGAGCUUCCGAAAUUAUCUUCUUUGACUGAAAAGGUGGGCCAUAUUUGUCUAGGCAACUUCGUGAACAUUCAAACGGCUUGGUAUGGCAUCUGGAAAGACAAGAUGAAAGUGGUUUUGGGCGACUGCCCCGACAUGCCAGAUCUGAAGGAAAUCGUGGCGACCUUCAACCGGGAGUUUCCUUACGCUCAAGAACAGCUAUCCAAUAUCGGUAUCCUCAAUCCUAUGUACCGAGGCCGGGUUUCCCAGUCGACUACACGGAGUACCGAUGAGUCGUCAUCUCUUAUGAUGCGAUCACGUCCAUCUGAGAGUGGUUCACGAGGUCGAGGCCUCUCAGUGAGCAGCGAGAAGGUGCCAGGUCUCCCAGCUACAGACUUUACAAAACGUCACAGCGGCUCUUAUUCGGCGUCGCCGACUGUGAUUACGGCUGGAAACAUUCCUAGUCCACACCAUUAUUACUACCGCGACCACUAUGCGGGUAUCAGCAACCACCAGCAAGGCACGGCAUCUCCUAUAUCCCCAGAACUCGCGGGCAGUUCACGGUCUUUCGCUGCCUCCACGAGGCCAAGCACAGGACGAAGCUUCGAUUCUGGCGGAGUCCCACGACAGAGCUCAGAAUCAUCUACACAGCAACUUCGAGACUCGCAAACCACAUAUAGCUCUCAUAACCAGUCUCAAUCUCAGGAGAGCCGACGAUUCUCUGGGCUUUUCCACUCAGCAUUGCCGCCAGCUGAUGGACCGGAGGAUAGUGCUCGAUCAUCUCGAGCCUCCUCUAGGGAGCGUGGGCUGGUAGAUGAUGGGUAUAAUGUACUCUGGCUGGCUGCAUCGCUCUUUGAAUUCAAUAUCGCUACGACAAAGCAUGAAGCUGGCUACCCGUAUUUGAUAUAUCAAGCUGGCGAGAUUUUCGAUGUACUUGGCGAGAAAGGAGAGCUCUGGUUGGCGAAAAACCAAGAUGAUCCAGACGACCGAGUUGGAUGGAUCUGGUCCAAGCAUUUUGCCAGGCUCGCUGAUUCAUAG